AUGGAGCCCCAACAAUCAAAGAGCUCUUCUAUCGGCAAUGCUGCCCAAGCCAGCGGUACUCCUGGUCCGCACAUGGUUCAUUCACCCGAUGAUCUGGAAACAAUCUCCGCUGCCUAUCAGGUUCUGUUCUACGUUACACGCUCUGUCUCUUUCCAACAGCUCCUAGACUCUCUCCCGCCAGAUACCCCCGGUGUCCUUAUGAAACCGCUCGUCUGCUCCUUUCUUACCUACUUCACACAGCCGCAGUCGGAUACAUUCCUCGAGAAAGUGAACACUCGGGUGUUUGAAACUGUGGAUCGGGUAUUCCAUAACUCCAAGAUUCCUCCAAGAUGGUUGGCCAACGACCUCAGUUCCCGCGGUUACACGCCACAAUGUCUAGAUGAGCAGGAUUGCCUGCGGUGGGACGUAAUUGGUAUCAUAUAUGCUACCGUCGCUCUAUCCCUAACUAUAAGGCAUGACCUAUCUGAUUUUGACAGUGACGCAUCACAGCCAGACUCUUGGACAAAAGAGACGAUCCUAAAAGAUCUGACUCAUGCCGUUAAUACAUGCAUAAGGUUCCAGGAAAUGACCGGCACCAAAACUGAACUUUAUUUAUGGCUUCUCAUCCAAGACAUCAUUCUGCUGAUUAGAAUCUACGGUGGCCACAAUCGACAUGUCUGGCGGAGGUUAGGAGAUAUUGGAAACGUACUUUUUACUAUUGGGCUGCACAAACCAUCCUUAAGAAACCAGAUCAUUACACAGAUGCAUAUCCGCCAACAGUUGUUCUUGACAGCUUAUACACUGGACAAGGCUAUAACCACGCUAAUGAAUCGACCACCACGAAUCUCCAGGCAGUACUGUAUGGAUUUAGACAAUGUUAUUUUGUCUUUCCCUGCUGCCGACGGGCUCAACCACUAUCUCUCAACUAGGUUGAGUCACUCCCUGUCUUCCCCAGCAUCACUUGUAGAAAAGGCCAGUUUUGUCAUGAGCAUACUACGCGAAGACGCCCAGGUUGCGAGGUCGACAUUGCAUGACAGCCCAGAAGGCUCUACACCUGGAAAUAUGACUCGACUGCUAGAGGGCAUGUGGCAAUCCCUGAAAGUUUCUAGCGGUGUACCGCCGGAGAGUUGGCAAAUGGAACAGUUACCACAUCAAAGCUAUAGCUUAUUAAUAGCCUAUUUGGAAUACCUAUACACACAAGUAUACAUCUGGCAACAUCUGCUGCCCGGACAGGUCUACACUCUUGGGGAGAUGUGUCGAAAGACACUCGAGACGAUGAUAUGUGGAGUGAAGUCCUUGGGUAGUCUAGAAGAAUAUCGUUCUGAUUUCGCAUGGAGACUUGUUCUAUACGGACUUCCAAGCGCAAAGAUACUGGCCUCACUUCGCUUUACCCACUCAAGCCAAACCACGAGCAGAUUGGAUUCAUUUGGCCAAGGAACGGUGAAUUCGGAAUUAAACACAUUCUUUGCCUGUAUCCUAACGGUAAUCCAGCCCAAGGAUCCACACUACACCGACUGCCAACAAGUUCACCAAAGCAUCAAGAUCUCCCUGGCUCAAGCGGCUGACCCAGAAGUGACGUUCUCAUACCCGCCUGGCCAGUCUACAGCCCGGCCUACGCUAUGA